GUCAAGACAUGGAAGCAGUUCUUGGACCUUCUAUCUUCGGUCUCCUUCGCUGGAGAAGAGACUGAGUGGAGCUUUCCAGAUCCGCUGCCGCUAACUGUCACGUGUGGAGAGGCACAGUCCAAUCCCUCGAAGCCGCAGUUCAAUCAUUUCCUCUUUGAAGUCAUCUGUCUUUCGGUGAAACUCACCUGCGCUGUGGACCGCGGUUCAAUUGUGCACUUUGAGGCGGCCCUAUUCCCCGUCUUUCAGGAAAUUCUUCAAAACGACAUUACAGGUUAG